UUGGUAGGAAUCGUCGAGGAUAUUUGUUUACUUUUGAUGCGACGCUGCGGACAAAAGUCAGUUCGGGAUUGAACGUUUAAUUGCGAUACACAGUUCAAUUAGUUGCCAGACCACAUAGCUAGAAGUGUUAUGUACGCACAUAUAUGAAGUGGACAGAAAUAUCACGCCAGAGAAGAAACAAGCUACGAAUUGUGCUUUUGCGAAGGACAGUUGUGCGAAAAUGUCUUCUAAACGAGACAGAAAAUCGGGCUAUAUAUAUAAGCUUUGUAAGAGAUUGGAAACCCAAAUUGACCAGGAAUAUGAUGCCGAACAGCAACAAACAACAAUUAAACUUGAAUCCGAUUCGGACAAUGAACAGAACAUUGUUUUCUCCACAACAACCAGUGAUGCACUUCUUACCAGUUUGAAGAUGACAUGCUCCGACAGCGAGGAAUCGUCCAACGAACUUCCGGGACUAACCGAAAUGCCAAGUGUGUUUGAAAUGCAGAGUGCGAGCUCAACGAAAGAAUCCACCAUCGCUACAGUGAUGAAUAUGUUUACAUCGCUCUCAAAACAAAUCGCAACCAUUCACAAAAAAACCGAUAACGUCCAAAGGGAAGUAACGACCAUUUCAGAACGCUUGGGACGAGUUGAGAAAAAAAUGGGCAUUUCGUUAGCAACGAUGGAACUAGUGAAAGAUGUUAUUGUGAAUGGUGAAGAGACUCCGCAACGAACGCAUGAAACUACGGAAUGUUUCGAUUUCAGCAUAAUAACCAACGAAGAGGAAUUCACAGCGUUUGAUACCAAGCUUGGCACAGAUAAGGAAUAUUAUUCAAAAGUUAAAACCGAUCUUUCGAUGCAAAUCCAUGCAAACGAACCAAAUAACCGGUUAUUCGAAGCGAUGGAUAUUAUUUUCGCACGUACAUUUAUGGUAGAGUGUAGUUGGACUGGCCAUGGUGCAGCAGGACCAAAAAUUGCUUUUGGAAAACGAACGAACAUAUUGAAACUGUUUGCAGAUAUCGCUAGCAAUAAGUUUAGAACCAUUAGCCAAACCUUCGUACAAGAGUUUUUUAUGAAAAAGUUGCGCCAUGCGAAGGAAAGACUAAACUCGAAAGGUGUUCGAAAAGCGGUUUGUCGUAAGCGGAUAUCGAAGAUGCCCAUAGCCACGCACGCCGAGAAAAAAGCAAAAUAAAGACGAAACUAAUGAUGAAAAAGAAUGUCCUAGUCUUUAUACGUAUCUCGAGAGUGGAAACAGGUAUCCUAAAUUCUUUAAUCAUUGCUCGGCCCGCUGUCAAAUCAUUUAAUGUGUAUAAAAAUGUUAACCGUUAUUUUGAGUACCAGCGGACCUUUCGUUGAACCAGGUAACCGGAUGCAUGAGACGAUGGAUAUGAUUUGCGAUCGAUUAUUUAUGCCACUUUUCAGUUGGAGUGAUCAUGAUCUACCAGGACCAAAGCUAGCUUGUGGUACUAGAACUUGUUGAUGAUCGAUUAAGCUUCUUUCUUCCUUUGGCUGGAUAAUUGCAGGGAUCUAUUGUUUUAAUGAUAAAUCUGUUGUUUGAAGCCACCAUAUGCCAUAAAUUUUAAUUAUAGACACAAUACGAUGUUCAGAUGGUUCUUUGAAUUGGGAAAUUUCCUCACGCUGUGUAGACCAAGCUCUUGAUUUUUCAAAUGUAGGAGUGUAAACAUAGCAUCAGUAGCUGUCAUCGUGCUUUUUUGUUUACUUGCGAAGCGACGCAAGAAACAUUGUACAGUACAAGAUUUAAUGCUUAACUAAUGGUGCGCUAGGAGAGAUUUGUGUUAAAAUGUUACCCUCCAAACGCGACAAACAAAUUGGUUUUGAGCACCAGAUUGUCCAACAUUACGAUGCUGAACAAGACGAAACUGAAAUUAAACUUGAAUGUGUUCCGGAAGAUGAACAAGAACAUGACAUCUUUGCGAGCAUAGACGAAGCGGUUCUUACCAAUUUAAAGGUGUGUGGAGCUUCUGAGGAUGGUGGUUCCGUAUCCCAAUCAAGGCACACCAAUGAGCGUCCGGGAAUAGAGGCAAUCCCUAGUGUGGUUGAAUUGCAGAACGGAAGCUCGUUGGAGGAAUCCUCUGUCAUGGGCAUGUUUAGAUCGAUAUCAGAACAAAUCGCAUCAAUUCACAACAAAAUCGAUAGCGUUCAAAAGGAGGUGGCUAACAGUUCGGACCGCUUAAGACGGCUCGAAAGGAAAAUAGGCAUUUCGUUAACAACGGUGGAACAUGCGAAAGAUGAUACCGAACUACUUGAUAAAGCUUCGGGAGAUAAACGUAAUGAAGAAAUGCAAGACAAUGCAUCUUGUUCCGAAUUCAAAAAAAUAUCCAAUGAAGAGGAAUUUAUAGAGUUCGAAUCUCAGCUAGGCACAGAUGCGGAAUAUUACACUUUUGUUAAAAAUUUAUUUAGUAUGAAAAUAUCUUACGUUGAACCAAAUAGUCGAAUGCAUGAGGCGAUAGAUAUGAUGUUCGAUCGAUCAUUUAUGGCACUUUGCAGUUGGACUGGCCGAAGUUUAACAGGACCAAGAAUUGCUUUUCGAAUACGAAAAAACAUAUUGAAACUGUUUGCUGAUAUCAGUAGCACGCGUUUUAUGGCAGUGAAUGAAUUAUACGUGGCAAAUAUUUUUAAAACUAAGCUGCGCCAUGCGAAAUACAGAUUGAACUUGAAAGGUAGUGUAAAGUCGGUUUGUCGUAAGCGGAAAAUGCCGACAGAAUACAUUUUUAUACCAGCCGAAAAACAUGCGAAAUAAAGACGAAACUGGUAAUGAAAAAGAAACGGUUAAGCUCAGCUUUUUACGAUUGCUAUUGAUUGAUCUUCGCUUUGGCUAUAUUUGCCUCGCCGGCUUGGGCUUUGCCAUUUCUGGUUAUCCUAGUUUUUAUACGUAUCUCGACAUUGGAAACAGGUAACUUUUUUACAGCAGGUACAAGUCCCAAAUACCUGUUGCUCCGAGGCGAUUACCCUGACUAUGACCCGCUGCAUACGGUUGUAGGGCCCUUUCACACAAGCAUUUCGGUUAUAAAGUAUGCUACGCAAACGUACCUGUCCUUUCCUUAAGUCGCGGGAAUUCCGUAUGUCAUCUCGUACCUCGUAGAUGUGAGUCAAAGCAACACAAGAAAAGAUAAAAAUGUUAAUCUUUAUUUUGUAUACCAUCGGACCUUCGGUUACCAUAGCAAUCGGUUUUAAAUAGCAGGUACGCACUGAGGAACGCCGUGUAAACAUAGCUCGAGCCAUCCAUUUCAAAGGUGUUUAGUGUAAACCUAGCAUUGCUGGGUGUCAUCGAUGUUAUUUGUUUACUGUUGAAGCGACGCAAACGAAGUUGGCCAAUUCCGGAUUGAAUGUGAAACUUAGUACCAGCUGAGUUGUGUGAAAAUGUACUGCAAAAGCUACGCCUAUAAGCGUAGUAGAAGGUUGCAAGAGCAGAUUAACGAGGAAUACGAUGCCGAACAACAACAAUUAACAAUUAACCUUGAAUGCGAUUCGAACGGUGAACAUCAGAUCGUCUUCUCCACAACUACCAGUGAUGCACUCCUUGCCACUUUACCGAUGGUAUGCUCCGAUAGUGAAGAUUCGUCCAAUGAGCUUCCGGGAAUAAAUAGGAUACCAAGUGUGGUUGAGUUAAUGAAUGGUAGCUCUACCAUAGUUACGAAUAUGCUUACAUCGCUCUCAAAGCAAAUAGCAGCAAUUAACAAAAAAACCGAUCACGUCCAACAAAAUAUAGCAUUUGUUAUGGGCCGCUUGGAACAAGUCGAGAAAAAAGUGGGCAUUUCGUUAUCAACUCUACAAAAUAUGAAGGUUGUCGUAGAGAAGAAUUAUGGCAUCGAUUUUGUUUUCAAGAAAAUAACCAACGAAACGGAGUUCACGGCGUUCGAUUCCAAGCUUGGCACAAAUAAGAAAUACUAUGAAAAAAUUAAAAAGAGACUUAACAACCAUAUUCAAGCACCGGAUCCAAAUAACCGAAUGCAUCAGAUGAUAGAUUUGAUUUUCGACCGAACAUUUAUGGCACAAUGCAGUUGGUUUGGUAUGGGGAAGAAUAGCCAAAAAAGAAUAGCUUUUGGACAACGAAAGAAUAUAUUGAAACUGUUUGGAGAUAUCGGCAGCCAUAAGUUUACUACCAUCAAUGAAAUGUACGUAAAACAGUUUUUAACAAGAAAGCUGAGUCAUGCCAAGGAAAGGUUAAACAUGAAACAUGAAUUUUCGGUUUGUCAUAAGCGGUAAAGGAAUACGGUCACAGCCAUGCAAACGAAAUAAAGAGUUUUUGCAUUAAAUAAAUUUAAUAACAGUGCUUCCCUUGUCCUGGCACGGAAAACCUUUUACUUAAAUACAUUCUGGUUCUCGUUAACUAUGAACUACACACGUGAGGUCUGUUACAGCGUUUCCAUUCAUCCAUAUCCAUGAUAGCAUUCAAAUUAGUUUGAAUAUUAGUAAGCUUAUUAAAAAAAAUUAUCCAACGAAUCCAUCUUGCCUCGUUGCUAAACGCAAAUGAAGAUGCACCGUGUAGACAGAGCUAGAGGUUUUUGCAGAGAGUGUAUGCGUGUAAACAUAGCAUAGGCAGCUGUCAUCGCGGUUGUUUGUUUAUUAUAGUAGCAACGCAAGCGAAGCCGGCCAGCAGGCUCAAAAAGCUGGAAUCCUUGGUUCCUCGCAGUGAAGAAGAAGAAGCUGGCCAAUUCAGGACUAAAUGUGACUUUUGGUGCAAGCGAAGUUUCGUGAUAAAAUGUUACCCUCCAAGCGCAUCAAACCAUCUAACUUAGAAUUCCGGACUGACCAUGACUACAACGUUCAACGAGGAGAAAUAACAAAUGAAAUUGAAUGUGUGCCAGAAGAUGAGGCGGAACAAGAUGUUUUAGCCACUAGCGAAGAAGCGUUCCUUCCCAGAUUGAGUACUACCUGCUCGGACAAACCUGAAGCUUUUGCAAAUGAUGGAACAAUACCCCAUUCAAGUUGCACUAAGGAGCGCCCGGAACCAACGGGAAUGCCAAGUGUAGAUGGAUUACAGAACGGAAGCUAUAUGAAAGAAUCCACGGCCGCCUCGCUUGUUCAUCUGUUUGCAUCACUAUCAAAACAAAUUGCAUCAAUGCACAACAAAGCUGACAGCAUCCAAGAGCAAAUAGCAAACAUUUCGCACCGGUUGGGACGAGUCGAGAGAAAAGUGGGCAUUUCGUUAUCAACGCUGGAGACAGUGAAGCAAGUGGUAAUAACCGAUGAAAGUUUGGAAACCCCACAAAACCAAGUCCAUUACAGCAAUAGAGUGAACAAUUGGAGACCACCAGAGGGACAAGUAAAAAAUGUUAUUAAAGAAACUAACGAAACUUUGGACGAUGCACUAUGGCAGGAAAUUCAAGCUGUACAGAAAAAAAUGGACAAUUCGUUAGUAACACUAAACCAACUGCAAAGUUUGUUCGUAGUAACUGAUGAAACUAUGAACAAUCAACCAACGUUGGAAAUUCAGAAUUGGAGUCAACCUGAACGCCAUUUCCUAUUUAAAAAAAUAACGAAUGAAAAGAAUUUGACAGAGUUCGACUCCAAGCUGGGGAAAGAUAAGGAAUACUAUUUCAGCCUUAAAAUGGAACUUAUUAUGCGUAUCAACGCCGACGAAACAUGUAAACGGUUAGAUGAGGCGAUGAAAAUGGUUUUCGGCCCAAAUUUUUUGGCAUCAUGUUCUUGGUCGGGCCAUGGUGUAACAGAACCAGAACAGAAAAUAGCUUUUAAAACGCGAACUAACAUUUUGAAACUGUUUGCAGAUGUCGGUAGUGCUAACUGUAACACCGUGUCUGAUUUAACUAUCCAAGAUUUCUUUAAAAGAAAGCUGCGUAACGUAUAUCAGCGGCAUGAUACGCAAGGUAUUAGAUAUCCGAUUUGUCAGUAGCGAAAACACAUGAAUGCUCCAGCUGCUCAGCUCGAAAUACAAGAUUCAAAAUAAAAAUGACAACGAAGAGGAUUAACCAUGCUUAAAAUACGCAGAUUUCCUUUUUCUCCGCUGCUUAGUACGAUGGAGAAUACUCUCAUGAUGGUCCCUUGAGUCAAGAACCGCGAAGGGGAUAGUAGACCAUCCCAUAGGCUAGAAUCCAUCCAGUCAAUGAGACUCGACAGGUCCACUAUUCAGCACUGAUGGAAAGGAAUUUGUAAGCCGAAAUUUUAAAUCAGUUUGUAAGACAAUUGUUAAAUUAUAGGCUUCAACACUUUGCAACAGCAAUGGCCCAUCAAAUGAGCAAACAAGGCGUUUUCUUCUUUUGCACUCUGUGAGGCAAAUUUAACUGGAGCUUCCCUUAUUACUCCACCUUGCUCGGGCUAGCAAUCCAAAGUCUCAAGAGCAAAACAUGUUCGGAAAUCUUUGAAAUGUGCUUAGAAGAAAAUAAACAGCACAAAUUGGCAAUCGCUGAUUUAUCUUUUUUUUCGUGUAAACAUAGCUUAUCAUUUGGUGAAUUUGUUCGUGUAAACAUAGCUUUGGUAGGAAUCGUCGAGGAUAUUUGUUUACUUUUGAUGCGGCGCUGCGAACAAAAGUUAGUUCGGGAUUGAACGUUUAAUUGCGAUACACAGUUAAAUUAGUUGCCAGACCACAUAGCUAGAAGUGUUAUGUACGCACAUAUAUGAAGUGGACAGAAAUCUCACGCCAGAGAAGAAACAAGCUACGAAUUGUGCUUUUGCGAAGGACAGUUGUGCGAAAAUGUCUACUAAACGAGACAGAAAAUCGGGCUAUAUACAGGGUUUUUCUAUUCAGUUUAGACUAGCAGCACACUUUUCCCUGCUCUGUGCAAUUGAUUUUUAGUAAGCAGCAUGUUUUUCAGGAUACCCGCGUCGGAUUUUUAAGUAUAAGCAAUUGAUUUCAACAUGCCACUUUCUGGCAGCUUUUAGGACGCAAGUUUAUAACUCCCACGUUGAGAGAUUGAAUUUUAUAAUGAAGUGCUGUUUACACGAGGAAAUUAAUAAUCAUCGAUAUUGUUGUUUGUAAAAUA